UAAAUAAAAGUUAAUCCUCAUACCCAUAUUAUAAAGAAGAAUACGGUAGGAAAGGACUGCCAUAAAUGAUACAGUGAUUAAUAAGUUUAAACUUUUAUUUAUUGACAGCUUUCCAGUUCUUACUUUAUUAGUCCUGUAGAUGGCACUACCUCUCUACCCAGAGCGCGACUCUCAGAAGAAGAAGAGCGAAAUUCCCUUCUGUUUUCCCAACAUGGCGGCGGCCAGAAGGUUGAAACGCGUGGUUGCUUCACAACCAGGUUUUUUACCUAUAAAAUCCCCGUCGGAGCCAGUAAGUACCCGUAGGAAACGUGUAAACAAGAAUAGGAAAAAGAACUGGAAUAAAUACAGCGACAUAAAUGAUGUAGAGGAGUUUCUGGAGGACGUCAGACUUCAGGAGAGGACGACAGGGGGCCUGCUUUCAGAAAAGACAGAUGACAGUUUGUUCUUUUUGGAUGCUGGACAACCAGAGAAAGUUGAACAGGAAGGACCAGCCGAAGGGAAGAAGAGGAAAGGCAAAGCAUCCCGUCCUCUGAGGAUAGAUCUGAUACUUCAGCAUGAUUCCCUUGUCCCUCCUCCUAAAGAUGUGCUGGCCUACCAGCAACCAAAUGCCAAAAAACUCCGUCGCAUUGCCCAGAAGGCCGAGCAGCUGGCAGCCAAAGGCGUGGUGCCACGGAGACAGAAACAGCUGUUGAACAGACGGCCUGUUGAGAGGACGGUCAAGAAGGCAGUGACUGAGGCCAACAACAACCCAGACAGAGACUACUAUGACAUAUGGGGACAAGAGUCCAAAGAUUCAGGAGACCCCUGGUACCUUCAGCAGACCCGCAAGAAGCUUGUAAAGCGUCCAGAGAAAUUGAAUGAGAAGCCGUCUGUGUUGCCCGCUGUGGAGGUGAUUGCUCCUGGAGGAUCAUACAACCCAGACUUCUUCUCCCACCAGGCUUUGCUGCAGGAGGCACAUGAAGUGGAAGUGAAGAAACAAAAGGAGGAAGACAAAAUAGUGCGACAAAUCACUGUCAACAAAGAAGACACCGCUACAGAGGAGACAAUCUUCCAGGAGCAGGUGGAAGGCCUUGUUGAAGAGGAGAAUGAAGAAGAAGAAACGGCUCCAGAUGACGAAGAGGAGAGUGUGGUAGUAGGAGCCAUUGCAGUGGCAGAGAAGAAGACUGAGAGACAGAGAAAGCGACAGAGGGCAGACAAAAUCAAGGAGCAGCAGCGGCUGGCUGACCGACGACAGGUGGACCAACGGCAGCAGCUCUUCCAGCUUCGUUCCAUCAAAGCCUCCAUCAAACAGCAGGAAAAAGCAACUGCAGUGAGACAGAUAAAGCGCAAAGUUAAACAAGAGGCUCAGAAGGCCCAGCCCAGACGCCUCGGCAGACUCAAGUUCCAGCCUCAAGACCUAGAGGUUCAGCUGAGUGACGAAUUGGCCGGCUCCCUGCGACAGCUCAAGCCAGAGGGCAGCGUCCUCAAGGACCGCUUCAAGAGCCUGCAGAAGAGGAACCUGAUUGAACCACGAGAAAGAGCCAAGUUCAAGAGGAGACAUAAAGUGAAGUACGUAGAGAAGAGGGCUUUUAGAGCGAUCACUUAAUGCUGCCCACUGACCAUAGAAGACGGACAACAUUAAACUCAAAUCCAACACGGAGCCGUGUAUAUACGUACCAGUGACUGACUGUUUGACCCUCUGUGACCACGCCUGUGAAUAAAUUAUACAGAAAUCUGUUAUAAGCAGACAAAGUACUGAAGAUCAUUCUGAUGGAUUUCCUGUACAUGCAUUUAUCAUUAAAAAUAUUCAUUUUCACAAU